AUGGGCUUCAGCAUCCUUCUUCCUAUCAGAGUCUUUCAGGCAACCUUCUCUAUAGUCAUCAUAGGCCUUUCAGGCUUCGCCUACCUCCCCCCUUCGCCAAUCAGUUUCCUCCUCUUCUGCGGCGUCUACUCCCUGCUCUCGGUUCUCUACCUCGGCCUCGUUAGCAAGCUCUUCCCCAAGACCGCUAAUCCCUACGCCGUUCUCUCGCUCGAGAUCACCAAUCUGUUAUUUUGGUUGGCCGGCUUCGCCUCCCUUUCCGUUUUCCUCAGCAAGCUUCUCUUCUGCCGCGGUAGUGUUUGCGGCGCUGCAAGAGCGGACGUCGGGAUAGGUGCUUGCUUAUUCGUCAGCUGGAUCGUCACCGUGGCCCUGUUGGCCAGGGACGCCAUCAGGUCGGGGGGCUUCGAGGGGUUCAGGAACCACGUCGGUUUCCUGAGGCACAGACGGAGCGGAAGUGGAAGUCAUCAUCGGUCUCCUUCCCGGGGGUCGAUGGUGGGGAUGUCAGCCAAGCACCCUAUGCCGCUGCCAACGGCCAUGAUGGCGAAGAAGGAGGGGGGGUAUUCCCAGGUGUCGCUGGCUUGA